UGCCCAGUGGAAGCUCCAGCCCAGAAGCAGUGGUGACUGGUACAGGAGGGAGCCAAGGGGCCAGGAAGUGAGACCAGAGACUGGCAGCUGUGGAAACCCCAGGGAGCGCUGGGGGCUGAGGAAGACUCUGAUGCCACAGGGACUGCUAUGUUUGGAGAACUGGAGGUUUAUGGAGACUCAUCUGAGAACAAUUCCAAGUGAUGCAUUUUCUAAUCUCCCCAACAUCUCCAGGAUCUAUAUCUCCAUAGAUGCUACAUUACAAAGGCUGGAGGCCCAUUCCUUCUACAAUUUAAGUAAAGUCACUCAUAUAGAAAUUCGCAAUACUAGAAAUCUACAUUACAUAGAUCCAGAUGCCUUUAAGGACCUCCCACUGUUAAAAUACCUUGGAAUUUUCAACACUGGAAUUACGAUAUUUCCUGACCUCACCAAAAUCUAUUCAGCUGAUGUGAACUUUUUACUUGAAAUUGCAGAUAAUCCUUAUGUGACUUCAGUGCCUGCAAAUGCGUUCCAUGGGCUGUGUAAUGAAUCCCUUACACUCAAACUCUACAAUAAUGGCUUCACUAGGGUCCAAGGCAAUGCUUUCAACGGGACGAAGCUGGAUGCUGUCUACCUGCACAAGAACAAAUACCUGAAAGUUAUUGAAGAAGAUGCAUUUUGGGGCGUGCAUAGUGGACCAACCCUGCUUGAUGUCUCCCGGACCAGCGUUGCUGCCCUUCCAACAAAAGGAUUGGAAAACCUUAAAGAACUGAUGGCUAAAAAUACAUGGACACUGAAGAAACUACCUCCUGUAAAGACUUUUCUUCAUCUAAUGCGAGCUGACCUGUCAUAUCCAAGCCACUGCUGUGCUUUUAAGAACUGGAAGAAAACCAAAGGAAUUCUGGAAUACAUGAUGUGUAACCAGACCAGCAGUCACAAUUUUCAUAAGAAAAGAUCCAUCAGUACCUUCAAUGGCCCUUUUUACCAAGACUAUGCAGAAGAGGAUGCAGACCACACUGACACAGUGUAUGCUGAAAACUCCAAAUUCAGGGAUUUUCAUGGCAACUCACACUACUACGUUUUUUUUGACGAGCAUGGGGAUGGAGAUGUUGGGUUUGGCCAAGAGCUCAAGAACCCUCAAGAGGACAACAUCCAGGGGUUUGACAGCCAUUAUGACUAUACUGUCUGUGGUGGCAGUGAAGACAUUGUGUGCACUCCAGAGCCUGAUGAGUUUAAUCCCUGUGAAGACAUAAUGGGCUAUAAAUUUCUAAGGAUUGUGGUGUGGUUUGUGAACCUGCUGGCUAUCCCGGGUAACAUUUUUGUCCUCUUCAUCCUUCUCACCAGCCAUUACAAGUUGACUGUACCACGUUUUCUGAUGUGCAACCUGGCUUUUGCUGAUUUCUGCAUGGGACUAUACCUUCUCCUGAUUGCUUCGGUGGAUCUCUACACUAGGUCAGAAUACUACAACCAUGCCAUAGACUGGCAGACUGGGCCUGGCUGCAACACAGCUGGGUUUUUCACUGUCUUUGCCAGUGAGCUUUCUGUAUACACACUGACUGUGAUCACCCUGGAGCGCUGGUAUGCCAUCACCUUUGCUAUGCGCCUAGACAGGAAGCUUCGCCUUCGGCAUGCUUUGGUCAUCAUGCUGGGUGGUUGGCUCUCAUGCUUUCUUCUCGCCCUCUUGCCACUGGUUGGAGUCAGCAGCUACAUCAAAGUCAGUAUCUGCCUGCCCAUGGAUACUGAAACACUGUUGGCUCAAGCCUACGUUGUCUUUGUUUUAAUUUUGAACAUCAUUGCCUUUAUCAUCAUCUGCGCCUCCUACAUAAAAAUCUAUAUAACUGUGCGAAACCCUGAGUACAAGUCUGGAGACAAAGACACCAAAAUUGCUAAAAGGAUGGCUGUGUUGAUUUUCACUGACUUUCUAUGCAUGGCACCUAUCUCAUUCUAUGCUUUAUCUGCCAUUAUGAACAAGCCCUUGAUAACAGUCAGUAAUUCCAAGAUCCUGCUAGUGCUGUUCUACCCACUCAAUUCUUGUGCCAACCCCUUCCUCUAUGCUAUUUUCACCAAGGCUUUCCGAAGGGAUGUCUUCAUCCUGCUCAGCAAAUUUGGCAUAUGUGAGCAUCAGGCUCAAAUCUACCGGGGCCAGACAGUCUCAGCCAAAAACAGCAGUGGUUCUUAUGGCCAGAAAGGCAGUCGAGGGACAGGUCAGGACUACCAGGACCCACAUGAUGACUGUCACCCUGCAAUUGCGAUGCAAGAGCAAAUAGUUGUGGAAGACUAUACACUGACUGUGUUAUAGCACCUGAAAGCAUCACAAUUGCAGUGCGAUCAAUCAGAUGGUAAUUUAGUGAUAAAAAAAAUCCAGUGAUAAGAUACAAUUUUUCCUAGUUGUUUUUGAGGAACAUCUGUAGUGAUUUUUCUUUUGAGUGAGCCAUUCAUUUGAAUCUCCAAUCUUAUAUGACUGUCAGUGUAAGAGAGAAGGUGCCAGUUAUGAUGCAUCUAUGAAUACUCAGUAUAAAUCAGAAAGUGAACAUAUUUAUAUGAAAUUUUAAACAUUCAUUCUUCUCUAAUUGGCUAAAGGGAAAGGGAAACAGCAUAAAUUUAGGGGAUACUUGUACAAAUAAAAUAGGAUUUUUAGAUUUAUAAUUAAAGUGGAGUUAAAUUAGAUAAUUAAUUUUUCAGGUUCUAGGUCAGAUUAGUCAGGCUAGCUUGCUUGCUUUUUUUUUUAAAUCAAAAGAUUUAUUUGUUUUUCUAAUUGCCAGUUUUAUGAACUGGGUUUCUUUCUGCUCCUAUUAUCAUCACUUAUCAAAAAAAUUCGGCAGUUGGAAUUUAAUUUAUAAUUUUGUUGAAAAUGUAUGAGGCAGAAUAGAAUCCAGCUGGCUUUCCCAUCGCUCAUGUUGCCUCACUAGGCCAAACAACAGUAAAAACCAUUUUUAAAAAUAAGUUAAAGAGCAGAUAGUAAGGCUUUAACUUCUUUUUUCUUUGUGUGUAGGGAAAAACUUCCUGACUCUCUCUCAAAUGGUGGGAUUCUGACUUUUUGAGGUGAGUUUAGGGGGAGAUUUAUUUUAAAUUUCUUUUGAAACUGUCUGUCCAGACUAAUGGGUUCAGAUCCCAGUUUUACUGAUGGUGAUAGUUACUUGCUUUUGAAGCUGAAAGAAACUCAAAUGAAAUUUUGAUACUAAAAAUUAACAUUAGGGGAAGCAAAUUGCUUGGCUUUCAUCUAGUCAUCUGAGUAUAGUAUAAGAGUUUGGCACUUUAGAAUAUGUCUACAUUGAAAAGUGACGAUGUGACUGUAGUACAGGUAGGCAUAUGUGUUAGCUUUUAUCUAGCCAGAAUGGGUAAUAAUAGCAGCGUAGACGUGGUGGCAUGAGCUUCAUUAUGGGCUAGCAAACAGAGUAAAAGCCCUCCAGCAGUAUGGGAUAAGGCAGUGUGAUCAUGACAGCCACUCCCUGAUGCCUAUUUGCAAGCCACAGUCCCUCACAUUGCACGGUAACUUUAAAGAGAAUGUGCAAAAGUAGAAGUGGAUUUGUUCUUUUGUUGCUUCUUUCUGGCAUACAGUCACAUAACAGCAAGAAAGGGUCAUAGCUGCCAAGUAUUUUGCAGCUCCACAUGUGACAUUUAUCACAGAUGAAAAAGAAUCGUCAUUCUUUUUGCCACAUGGUCCCACUAUCAUUGCUCAGGGUGGAGAGGUGUCAUUUGGGAAUGGUGGCAAUGUUCUCACUACUGAGGAAUGUCAGACAAGGAGCUACAUACAACUUCACCCCUUCAUUUUCCCCCCAAAAGGCAACUAUUUCCUACUGCCACCCAAAAGUCCAUUUACGUUCCCUACCUCCCCAUGUUUCGGGUGACCAGACAUCCCAUUUUUAAAAGGACAGUUCCCAUAUUUAAGCACUCCUGCAGGUGUCCUACUUCUUCUUAAAAAAGGGCAAAUUGUCCCAUAUUUUCUGUCUUCCGCCUCCCCCACCUCCCCAAACAGUACUGAUGGGUCCUGGUACUGGUCAGAUCCUUGCUUACCAGCCACCCGCCCACCAGCAGUAAGUUGGGGGGGGGUCCAGGGGCUGAUGAUGGGGGUGGGUGUGCCAGGCUGCUGCGCUCGAGGCCCGCUGCUGGUCCGACAGCACAGCCCCCACUGCGUGCCGGCUCUCAGGCAGCAGGACCUCACCUCCUGUUCUGUUUUUGGCCAGCACUGGCUGUGCGUUGCAAGCUGCGGUGGCUGGUGAGUGAGGGCAGGCGCCAGGCAGCGGCUGGUUACAUGUCGCCUCUGCUGCCCACCCAUCAGCUUUUUAUGUGCUCCCCCUCUUGCUGUCCUCUCCUGCUUUUCCCCUUCACCCCACCUAGCCCCACUGCUCCUCCAUACCCCCCCCCCAGCGUGGUGCAUCCCACUCCCAGUGCUGUGCGGAGAACCAGCCCCUGGUCGAAGUGCUCAGCUCACCAACAGCUUGGCCGGCAGGCUCCUUCCUUCCCCCACUGCCUCUGGCUGGGCUGGCACCCCAGGAAAGCCCAGGACUCUCCGGCCUGGGGCGCUGGCCAGGAGAAGCUGAGCCCUGCAUGUGCCAAAGCCCCACACAGCGCUGGCACUGGGAAGCCUCCCCACCCCUCAGCUAAGCUCUAGAGUGGUGGCAGGAUUCAAUUUCCAGCCUGUUUGCACCCUGACCCUGCAGGCUCCACAGCAGAAACCCAAGCAGGGGCUUAGCAUCCCCUUCCCCUCCCCACCGUGGGUUCUGCCCCCAGGGAGUACAGGGCUGCUCUGUCCCCUAAGCGUGAGACCCUGUGUGCUCACCGCCCCACACACACACACGUUGCAUCAGGAAGCGCCAGGUACCAGGAGGGUGGAGAGUGCCGGGCAGGGAGAGUCGGGUUGGUCAGUCACACCCACGUGUGAGAAGUGUAUGGGAAUGUGUGUGUGUGUCAUCUCUCCCCAUGUGAACCCUAAAGCCUAAAGAUAAGAAGGUAAAUAAAAAUAAUCCAAUUAUGCUGUAUUUCUUUUUAACAGGCGCUCAGUCAACUUGAUGUUAAUUUGAACGUUUGUACUGCAUAGUUCUGACUGAUUGCCGUUGAACUCACUUGCAUAUGACUCAUUUUACCAAGGGUCCUGUAUUCAGCAUAGGGAAAUAUGGUCACCCUACCCAUGUGCCCUGCUGCUGCCGCCCCUGUUCCACCUACUCUGUUAGGCACCAGAAAGCCCUUGGAUGGGAUUGGGGGGAGUGCAGGAAAAGGUGCUGGAAUAUUUAUUGCACUUUGCCCCAAGUGGGGGAAGAAACAGUAGCAACUCCAGGAGGAGGGGAGCCCCGGAGAAGGACAAUUGUAAGCAGAGAAGACGGGGGAGAGGAACCUCCUUGUAGCAACGCCCACCCUCCAGCAGUGGGAAAUGUGAGGGCAGUAGGGGAAUUCCACCACUUGGCAGGUGAUGGGGAGGGAGAGCUGGGAGUUUGGCCCAGCCUUUGAUAGGCACAGCCCUGGGAAAGUUUCUGCCCCAGUAGUAAGGGAUUCCCAUACCCAUAUUUGGGCUUUGCCUUGCCUUUAAAAGGAAAGACCCACCACUCAGCUAGCCCAGUGUGGGAGUUGGCUAGACCAGCCCAGCAGGAAGAGAAAGGUCAGCCUCCCUGUAUGAAUUGGGGUGGGGGGGGGCAGUGGAGAACCCCAAAGAAUGAAGAUGGAGUGACAGGGAACUGCUGCUCCAAGAAGAUGGAAGGGGUGGGGGGAGAACAAGGCCAUCAGCCUUGUUUCUUUCUUCUGCAAGAAGACAACAAGGGUUAGUUCUCAGGGGGCUGGGGAGCAGGAGUAAUUUGUGGGAUGGGAUAACUGAGCAGUGCAGGGAGUUGAAGGAGUUGGGGGCAAGAGCUCUGGGUAAUUUUGGGUGGAUCAGGAGCACAGUGGAUCUGGUGCACUGGGGAACAGGGAUAGUUAAAAUACUGGAUUGGGUCAGCAGUUGGCUCAAAGAUUUGGAUAAGGAGUCCAUCACUGGCACAGCUGCUCAACCUUUACCACCAGAGAAAGCUAGCAUGUACUGUGCAUGUGCAAUGUGGGGAGUAGCAGCUGCUUAUCUCACUUCCCCCCAACUCAUCCCUUAUUGUGUCACUAGCCUAUCUUAAGGAAGAGGCUGUACAGAUUUUAUCAGAGUGUAUUUCCCAUACACAGGGGGCUGCAUGGGGGAGAUAAGCUCAAAGGUGUCAGAGAGAGGCUGGCUCAUUGAGCAAUCAAUAAAGACUGGAACACUGAUGGAAGAAGGUAAGUGGUACCAGAAGAUGUCUAAUGAUUCUGCCAAACGGCUGGGUUGCAAGAAACUAACUUGCUACUAGAAUAGCAGCUUCAGAGUGUAGCUUAGAGGAGAGCAAAAGUAAGCCUGCCAGGAUCAGGUGAGAUACACAUGUGAUACUUACAGCACAGCUGGGAGAGGAAAGGGUCCAAGAGCCUGACACCAAAGGGAAAUGGUGCUGGUGCUUAAGGGAAUGCGUUUUGAUGGAGGAACAGCUGCACCUUCCCAGCUGUACAGUUAUUGCAUGUGCCUGCCCCUUUUUCACUCACAAGGGAACAAGCAGAGGAAGCCCAGAGCCCAAUGAAGCCCUACCCCCACCACCCCGAUUGCCCCUCCCUCCCUGCUGCUCAGGAUUCCAUUGUCCCAGACCCUGACCUAAGAGUUCCUCACCCCUUCAAAUACUCCAGCCCCAGAUCCCUCAGAACUCAUGUUGCUCCAGACUCCAAAGUGCUCCCUCCCCAGAUUUCUGAAGUGUCCCAGGCCCCUCCAGGCUCACAGUGGGUCCCAGCACAACUCAGGACUCAUCUUUGGAGUCAUAUGAGGGAGCCUGGUGGCCUUUUCCCUCCCUUCCCUUCCUGUGUUCUGGGAGUGACCAGCAGGACUGGCCUCUUACUUAUUUGGGGGAGCUGCCCCCAAAUUGUGACCUUUUAUUUUCAAAGGUGGAGGCCCCUACUCCUGCUGGACAAGCCUAAUUGGCUCCCAUCUGGAGUGUCUUGACUUUUAUAGAGGCGUUGUCCUGCUAAGAGAAGCCGGAACUUGGAAGGUUUCCUCUGCAUGCUGUGAGCAGGGCCUCCCAAGUCCCACACCUGUCAAAGGAAGUACCCAGGCCUUUUGGCUGCACCUGCAAACCACCUGAGAGAGGGAUGAGCCACUGUGUCCCUUCACCUUAUGUCUUUCUUCUGCUUGAGGGUACUUCUGCCUCUUCCCCUGACCGGGCAUGGUAGGGGCUAAGAUACUGUGCCUGUUGCCUUGCCCCACUUUUGGAUGACAGGACUUGUACCUGGCACCAUUUUGCCUCUUCUGAUUGCCUUGGGCAGCUGAGCCCUUCCACUUCUCCCCACUGACUUGGUUUGAGACUUGUUGAUAGCUCACUGACAUACCCAGAACAGUGCUGUUGUGACCCUCCCAAGCAGCAGCAUUUCUUUGGGAGCUCAUCUCAGGCUUCACCCCACCUGCCCGCUCCUCUGCCUCCUUGGCUCCUCUCUGAGAUUCUCCUUCUUCACAGUUCUUCCUAGCUGAGGGGAGUAAAGAUCUUGGCAUGAGCAGCCAGGAGUGAAGAUCCUGAGGACAUCCUGGCACUUGAUAGAGCAGCAGGAAUCCACAAAGCAGUAAGAGCAGCUAUUGAUUUUUGCAAGGAAGGUGAUGACAGAAAUUGACUUUGAGGGGAGUGGGGACACUUCAAAAUUUUCUAGGGAGGCCCACCAGAAACUUCUAUUCAAAAUUUUUGUUGUCUCCCUUCCCCCCCCCUACUUCUCCAAACCUCUCCCAUGGGUCAAGGGCAGCCCCUCCUUGGGGGCAACAUUUGAGAUCAAUAUUGUGACAUUUCUUACCACAAAGUAAAAGACUCUAACACAGUCCCGAGUAUGGGAAUAAGGCCUUAUCUAUAUGACAAAGAUUUUCUGCAAACGUUAUGCCGCUUUAAUUAAAGUGCUUUAAUUAAAACCGCUGUUGCAUGUCCACACUAACAGCUCUUGCAUUGACACAGAGAGCAGUGCACUGUGGUAACUAUCCCACUGUGCAACUGGCCGCAGGGUGCUUUGGGAAGGCUUUGCAAUGCCUCAUGGGGCAGGUUUCUUAAUCCUAGUAGAUUGUGAGCCGCUUUUUCAACUGAAGUGGUGUGAGGGCAGGGCAAGGAGAGUGGCGUGUCUGGGACGGGGGAGACAGCAGGCUGAUCGACCUAUCCUGGGGAAGGGGGCCACUCCCGCACGCCAGCCCCCAGCUCUGCUCCGCAGGGCAGUAUCUCCCAAAACAGCCCGCUCUGCCUGCCCGCCUAUGGUUCUGUGAU